GUAUUUACCGCGGACUGAAGCCUCGGCCAGCCAUUCCCUUCGACAGGAGACUACCACAGACAGGAGCCUACACUCUCCCUCUCUCUCUCUCUUCAAACGACAAAGUCCCAUCGACAGCUUAGCCAUGGUGAACGCAGUGAAGGUAUACAAGAAGACCGCCCCAAAUGGUAAGAUCACGGUGUACCUCGGUCGCCGUGACUUCGUGGACACAAGUUCCGUCACCGACCCCAUCGACGGUGUGGUGGUGUGCGACUAUGACUACCUCAGAGGCCGCAAGGUGUUCGCUUCCGUCGGCAUCACUUACCGCUUUGGGCGCGAGGAGGAUGAAAUGAUGGGCGUCAGCUUCAGCAAGGAGAUGCAGCUGGCGUGCAAGGAGAUCCCCCUUACCAACGAGGAACAGACCACCGAGAUGCAGGAACGCCUCGUCAAGAAGCUGGGCGCCAACUCAUACCCGUUCUUCGUGAGCAUCCCCGACAACGCCCCGUGCUCCGUCCAGCUCUUCUCAGACAAGUCGGCCAAGCCCCUGGGAGUCAUCUACGAGCUGCGUGUCUUCGUGGCCGACAGCGCCCAGGAGAAACCCCACCGCCGCAACUCCGUGACCCUGGCGGUGCGGAAGGUCCAGUUCUCCCCCGCCGACAAGUUCCUGCGCCAGCCCUCCACGAUGGCCUCCAAGGGCUUCACCUUCUCCUCCGGCAAGCUGAACAUGGAGGUAACGCUUGACAGGGAACUCUACUACCACGGCCAGCAGAUCGCGCCCACCCUGUCCAUCAGCAACAACAGCAAGAAGACCGUCAAGAACAUCAAGAUCUCGGUGAUGCAGCACGUCGAGGUUACGAUGACCAACAGCCUCUUCGAUCGUGAGGUGGCGAGCUUCGAGACCAGGGAGGGCUGCCCCAUCACCCCGGGCACCCACUUCCACAAGACCUUCACCAUCCAGCCCAUGGCCAAGAACGCCAAGACUUACGGCGUGGCCCUGGACGGCAAGAUUAAGGACGAAGACGCCAACUUGGCCUCCACCACCCUGCACAAAGACCAGUCCGACCACCUGGGUAUCGUGAUCUCAUACAGCGUUCAGGUGGAUCUCGAGUGCGGCGCUCUAGUGGGCAACCUCACCACCAACCUGCCCUUCAAGCUUAUGCACCCAGCCCCCGGCUCAGACAAGCUCGAGCGAGGAGAUGGCAUUGAGUUCGAGGAAUUCAGCCGUCUUCGCCGAGGCAUGAGCGUGGACCAGAACCUCGACUAAGCCAUCAGACCCACCGCUCACCUCUGCACGGGCCACAUCUCAAGCCUAUAGGAAUCUCAUUAGUCAAGUCUCCCUUCAAACUCGGGUUCCUACAAGUCCAUCAGUGUACCAGCUCUCAGGCCUUGGAUUUGUGUUAUUAGCCAAGUCUUGCAAGUCAUAUUUAGUUCAAGGCCUCUCAGACUUACAAGAAUCUCAUUAGUCAAGUCUUCUUCAAUAAGGGGUUCCUACAAAUCCAUCAGUGUACCAGCUCUCAGGCCUUGGAUUUGUGUUAUUAGCCAAGUCUUGCAAGUCAUAUUUAGUUUGAGGCCUCUCAGACUUACAAGAAUCUCAUUAGUCAAGUCUUCUUCAAUAUGGGGCUCCUACAAGUCCAUCAAAAUAUGUUAUCCCAUCCAUCAACUCUCAGACCUUGGAUUUGUCUCAUUAGCCAGCUCCUGCAACCCCGUGAAAGGAAGAGAAAAGAAUGAACUGUGAAAUAAGCAACGAACGAGAGUACUAUCACCUCACCAGACGACCUGCGUGCUGCCCAAAUCCAUAUCAGUCAUCCAUAACAACAGCAACGCCCGUCAAGAGCAGCCCUGGGCAGCAGUAUGAGCCGAGCGGAAGGAAAGGCCUACCAGAGCUAAGAGCCUGAGAAACACCCAUGCACCCACCACCUGUACUGCACGCUACCCCUUACCUGUUGAGCCCCCAGCGAGCCUCAGUGGGAGAACGUCACCUCAACUGCCUUAUCAACUCUAUAGGCCCGGAGGUGAAGAUGAUCGACACAACACCUAAGAACAAAACCUUCACCACCUCCUCCACCACUGGCUAUGUCUCACACGCACGUUCUUUAUCCACACGUCACAGCCACAGAAUCUCAGUCACCCCCGACACUCUUUGUCUCCGCGAACGAACGAAAAGGAAACGAGCGGGCAUUGAACUCUGAUGCUCGACUCCUUGUUAAGCGAGAUGAAACUAUGGAAGCUUAUGUCUCGCUACUCUCUCUCUCUCUCUCUCUCUCUCUCUCUCUCUCUCUCUCUCUCUCUCUCUCUCUCUCUCUCUCUCUCUCUCUCUCUCUUUCUCUUCACAGUGUUCUCGAGGCUGCGAUAUCAACAACACUCGUAUAAUUGUGCUUAAAAUUGAUAAAACAUUAGUUAACUAUAAGCCUCUGAGAGCUAUAAUAUCGUAUCAUCACUUGUAAUCUGAAUGUUAUACUUGUUACAGUGAAUAAAGGCUAGAAAUUGUA